AUUCCUGAUAGAUGAACGUGUCAGCCUGGGAUCAGGAUUUAAAAAAAAAAAAGACUGAGCGCCUUUCUAAGGACGGGCUCCACUUGGGGAAGCCCGAAAUGGGAAUGACAUCUUUGCUCUUCUGUGGGGUGUCUUUCGCGCUUCCACUUUUUGUGAGAGCAGAUACGUGUAAGGACAUCUAUAUGCACAAUGAGUCGAUUUCAGAGGGCCAACCUUUUCCUUUCAACUGCACAUACCACCCAGAAACAAAUGGGGCAGUAAAUCUGACAUGGUACAAAACACCCAGCAAAAGCCCAAUAUCCAACAACAGACACCUUAGAAUUCACCAGGAGCAGACCUGGAUUUUGUUUCUUCCAUUGGCACUGGAGGACUCGGGCAUCUACCAGUGUGUUAUAAGGAAUGCCCACAGCUGCUACCGAAUAGGUGUGAACCUAACCAUUUUCAAAAAACACUGGUGUGACUCUUCCAUGGAGGAGAGUUCCAUAAAUUCAUUAGAUGAGUACCAGCAAACGUUAUCCAUAGGAAAAUCCGGCAAUCUGGUGUGUCAUCUCUACUUCCCAGACAGUUGUGUUCUGGAUUCAAUAAAGUGGUAUAAGGGUUGUGAAGAGAUUAAAGCAGGGAAGAAGUACAGCCUUUUAAGAACAAAGCUUCUUGUGAACAACAUUGCUGCAGAGGACGGUGGGAGCUAUGCGUGCUCAGCCAGACUGACACACUUGGGGAGACACUUCACGGUUAGAAACUACAUUGCUGUGAACACCAGGGAAGUUGGGUCUGGAGCCAUGAUUCCUAACAUCACCUACCCAAAAAACAACUCCGUUGAAGUUCAACUUGGCUCCACCUUCAUCGUGGACUGCAAUAUAACAGACAUGAAGGAGAAUACAAAUCUGAGGUGCUGGAGAGUCAACAACACCCUGGUGGAUGACUACUACAAGGACUCCAAACGCAUCCAGGAAGGAAUCGAAACCAAUGUUUCUUUGAGGAAUCACAUUCUGUACACAGUGAACAUAACAUUCUUAGAAGUAAAAAUGGAAGACUAUGGCCGUCCUUUCACGUGCCAUGCUGGAGUGUCCGCAGCCUACAUCAUUCUGAAACGCCCAGCUCCAGACUUCCGGGCUUACCUCAUAGGAGGGAUUAUGGCUUUCCUACUUCUGGUGGUGUCUGUUCUGUACAUCUACAAAACCUUUAAGAUUGACAUCGUGCUUUGGUACAGAAGUGCCUUCCAUACUGCCCAGGCUCCAGACGACGAGAAGCUAUAUGAUGCCUAUGUCUUAUACCCCAAGUACCAGAGAGAAAGGCAGGGCCAUGAUGUGGACACACUGGUAUUGAAAAUCUUGCCCGAGGUGCUGGAGAAACAGUGUGGAUAUAAGUUAUUUAUAUUUGGCAGGGAUGAAUUCCCUGGACAAGCUGUGGCCAGCGUCAUUGAUGAAAACAUUAAGCUGUGUAGGAGGCUGAUGAUCCUCGUGGCACCAGAGUCAUCCAGCUUCGGCUUUCUAAAGAACUUGUCAGAAGAACAAAUCGCUGUCUACAAUGCCCUCAUCCAGCAUGGCAUGAAGGUCAUUCUGAUUGAACUGGAGAAAGUCAAGGACUACAGCUCCAUGCCCGAGUCCAUUCAGUACAUCCGACAGAAGCACGGGGCCAUCCAGUGGGACGGGGACUUCACAGAGCAGUCACAGUGUGCUAAGACCAAGUUCUGGAAGACAGUGAGAUAUCACAUGCCACCCAGGAGGUAUCCGGCAUCUUCCCCAGUCCAGCUACUGGGACACACGCCCUGCAAUCCCAUGGCAGGCAAGUGCAAUGCUGCCACAGGGCUCAUAACUCCCUGA